GGAGGGUGAGGUGCAGAUGCCUGCUGCGACCUCACUGCUCAACCACUUAUGUCGGUGGAGAACCAGGAGCGUGCGUGGAAGAGCGGCAACGCCUACACUAGCACAUGGCUGCCGCUGAUCAAGACGUGCAUCAUCCUGUACCCGCUGGUGACGCUCAUCGUGCUGGUGGGCAUGGCCGUGGAAUACUCAAUCCGCAAGCUCAUGUACUUCCGGCUGCUGUCCAUGCGCAUCCUGGUGGACUGGGCCAACGUCGCGUUCUACACCACAGCAUUCUUCUGGUACUUCAUGGUCACUUGGGUGCUCAUGAACGUGUGGGCCAUCUACGGAGUGGCCGCCUACUACAACAAGUUCGGCAACAACGGCGUGGACCCGGUCUCGUUCGGCACCUUCGUGGUGGUCAACCUGCAGACCAUUCAGCUGCUGGUGCAGUACAUCAAGCUCAUGAGCACGGAGAGCCGGCUGGUGGGGCUGAACCAGCUGUUUGAGCGCGCGCCCGUGGAGGCGCAGCGUCUGCUGGAGUUCACGUACGUGGUGGAGGAGAAGCAGCUCAAGGAUGAGUGCCUGCUGUUCGCGCUGUCUUGCCAGCGCGCGUUCGGCAAGCGCAUGCUCAACCUGUUCACUUGUGGGCUCGCCGCCAAGGACUGGCACGAGCAGUCAAACCGGAUUGCGUUCAACAUUGAGCGCCUGCAAAGCCAGGCCGCCAACUGGGCCGAGGUGGAGCGCAACAUCCGGCAGCUGAGGGAGGACGCGAUGGAGGAGCGUGCCAGCGCGGGCGGCCCGCGGCCUUCGGGCGGCAACGCAACCACCAGCUCCAAGUUCAUGCGCCUUAGCGAGAAGCAUGGCGCGAAGAGUGCUAAUGGCAAAGACGGGUCGCACCGAUCCGGAGCGGAGCAGAUUGAGCUGAAGGUACAGGGGGGCAACGGCGAGGAGGCCGGCCCCGCCUCUGUGGCUCCGGACCUGGGGCCCGAUGGCCGGCCGCCGCCCAUCCAGCUGCCUAAGCCUCUGAUCUCCUGCUUCGGCUGGAGCCCGCUGCGCUCCAGCUACUGGCACUACUACGGAAGCAUGCACAGCUUCUUCGUGUCGGUCCUGCCCCACUUCCCCAGCUGGCCCUUCCGCCCGGACGCGGUGUUUUUCAGGAUGCUGACGCUCAUCCAGUUGUGCAGCGUGUUUGCGGUGGGCAUCAUCGUGGUGCUGGGCUGGCUGCUGUCCACGCGCGAGACCAAUUGCACCAAGUCCGCCAAGUCCUGCAACACCUGCCUCGCUGUGCACGAUCGCUACUUUGCCUCCGCCGAGCCGCUGUGCACGGCCAUGGAGACUGCGGUGGCCGGCAUUGUCGCAUCCGCAAACGGAACCUGGAACGAUGGCAGCGUGAUCAAGGAGCGGUACUGCAACUGGGCCUGCUACGGCAACUUCACGCCGUCGCAGUCCUGCCCCGCCCUCAGCCCCGCCCUGGGCAGGUAGUUCCUGGCGUUCUCAGGAUGAGCAAGGCCGGACAAUAAUCUGGGGCUUUUUUUAUUGGAAAGGGGCACGUCAGCAGCAGGUGCUGGGGAACCGCCGCCAACGUGAUCCGUGUGCUCCUCCUGCUGAAGCUGAUGGGCUUCGAGCGGCCGACCAAGCUGCAGCGGCCGCCAUGGCCGCCGGCGGCGGCGGGGCCGGGCUGAGAGCCUGAACGGCGCUAGCAGGGCGUGGGGCUGAGGGUGCACGUGUCGAUUGGCGGCGAGUGACGUGACUAGUUUGUUAGCUGCGGGUUAGCACGGACUGUGCACCCCACCCAACCGGCCACGUCCGGAUUUGCGGGGAUGCCAAAGGCCCCCAACAUAGAGACGUGUGCUUAGUAGGCGCCCGCGUCAAGGUGGCUGGGUUGAUAACGACCCGGGAGGGGAGGGCUCAGCCCUUUUCCUGCCUCCCUAAGGCAUAGUGGUACAUGAUAAGUGGUUACGGUGUUAGCGUGAUGCGCGUGGAAUGGUCAAAGGGUUCUCACGCGAUUGAAGCAGGUCCGGAAUGUGAAACUCAAUUAGGCAACGCGAGCGAGUGGAGAUGCAAGAACGGUAGCGGCGGGUUUACGUACCCAGUGUACUUGGCUCCCAAUCCUCAAUAAGUGGAGUGUGCUUCAGGUCGUGGAAAGUGCAAGACAAUCGCAUGGAAAGUACGGGGUUUGAGCAGCUAUGUGUGUAUGAAAGUAGAAGUGAGCAGGCGUGCAUGCGACAAUGGUUUCGUUGAUUGUUUGCCUGCGCCUAAUGUCGCGCUGGGCAGGGGAACCCAAUUUGGACCCACGCACAGCACAUGGCCAGGGUAGGUCUUUGCUCUUGAGCCCGAUGGUGCCAAGUGACACAGAUGUGUGGGCUCUUCAGACUGUGUUGGCGCUUAUGCAAGCACGCUCCAUGAGCCCACAUGUAAACCCCUUUCCUA